AUGCAUGAAUUACUUGGACAGACCCAGUGGCGAUCACAAUAUGAUGAAUUGCAAGGCCAGAAUCACUGGUUCGAUGGCGUAUUGACCACCCCAUCCCUUCUGGCAUUCUACAAUCAAAGUGCCACCUUCCCUCGUCGACCCAGGCUUCCUUUGGCAUUCACCAUCACUGUUCCGUCCUCGGCAAAUAUUGCAAAGGGUGGGAUUUAUGUCGAUCAAUUGCGAUCCCCUGACAGAAACGGAGUAGUGCAGGUCAUUAGAGAUGCGCGUAGCGGUAUCUGGUACGUAAAUACGACCAACAUACAUCGCUUCCACCUUUCACCAAGGGUCUUAAAUUUCACAAUGCCCUCUGCGCUAGUUUUGGACGGCAGAGAUUGUUUUGAAAUGGGUUACAUCCGGCCUGAACGCAUGUGGUUUCUGAGAGAUUCUCGAGGAAGGUGGACCGUCUCAGAGAGAGAGGAUUGGCGUCAAUUGAAUGAGCGGUAUGGUCGUCAGCUCGGAACUGUGGAUGCCAUUCUGCGCACCAAAGGCCCCUUCAACAUCAACAUAUGCUCAGCUGGGCUUGAGCACAUAGCUGUGCAAAUCAGUCGUAAUUUUCUACAAUAUUUCGCUGCAGACUCCCAACUAUCACGGCAAUGCGGCUCCCUGAUUUACCCCGACAACAAUCAGAACCGUGUUGUCGAUAGCGGGAAUGUUGUCACACUCGCCCUGGGCAACGAACUACCUUCAUCGAAGCUUAAAUUAUUUCCGAUUCGCAUACAGGGCCAAGGUCUCAGUCUCUUCCAGGGCUGUUGCUGGCCUCGGGCAGACACAGAAGCAAGCCCUCAGUCCAGCUUGAAUCGAGAGUGUAAUGAAUAUGAAUUCCCCUUCGAGCGAGGCAUGGGCGCCCUCUUCCUCCGCCCUUUGGAGAAUGAGAGACUCGAGCUUGUUGUUUGGGGAGCAGACUUGUCUGGUCUCGAGCAAGCUGCACGCUUUGUACCUACCCUCACAGGUGUUGGGCAACCAGAUUUUCUCAUUCUUGGCGAUAGUUGCCGUUGGCAGGGACAUGCUGGAGCAUACGCAGCUGGUUUUUUCGAUAGAUCUUGGCAGAUAUCGUCCGGGUCUUAUAUUCGCAUAGAUGCCAGCGUGAAUGAGCAAAGAUUAAGAAACGGUGCUUGA